UGUUUACGCGGACGAUUCUAAUCUCGCUCUUUUUUUUCAAGUGCGACAAAGGUGUACACCGUAUUGAAUCUCUGUCACAGUAGUUCUCGUGACGUCGUUCAGGAGAGACAGUGUAUUUUGAGAAUUAUUCGUAAUACAGGUGCAAGUUCUACACCUCUCAUUAACGGGAAUUGGAACUCAUGCUUAUCAGACGUAAUUAAUCCGACGGAUUAGAAUCGAUCCAUUUCCUGAAUAUGAAGUUCCGAGCUCGUCCUUUCGAUGUGGAGACCGUAUUUGUACAGGCGAAAAAAAGACAGAAGAAAAAGCCACGCGGUCCAGAUUCACCUUUCUACAAGUCUAUCUGGCCAAUGAUCUGUGUUCUGCGGGUAUUUGGUCUCGCUCCUUACGAUUUCUCGCAGGAUCGACUGAUACCAUCCAACAUUUACUUGAUUUUUACGGCGAUCGCUGCUACACUGUAUACAUAUAUAUAUUACGUGGUGGCCCGACGUACUAUAGGCAUUAAGAGAGAUGAUAGUGCGCUUUUAGGAGGAACGGAGGAUACAAAGGUGAUCAUCAACUAUAGCAUGACGAUAUACGAAUUGGGCUUGGUGGCAUUUACGAGACGCAGAUUCACCAAAAUAUGGAACGCGCUGCAAGAUUAUGACGAGGAUGUCAGGCAACUCGGUUUUCCUCGCAAAGAGAGGCAGACUGCAAUUGUCGCGUGGAUUGUCUCUGUUUCUAUCACGGUCAUCUGGAUCUUCGUUAAUCGCAUCGGGAUGUAUGCCUUUUUCGAGACAUGGCUUUACAACGUGGGAUACAUGCUUAUCUACAUCGCAAGCUCAAUGGCCCUCUUUAAAUUUGUGGCGAUGGUUUUCUUUCUAGGCCAACGGUUUCAUCAUCUCAAUAUGAUGGCGAUAAAAAAUCUACCGCCUAUAUUGCCAAGGAAGAAUAUUAACAUUAGCAAAAGGACAAUUCUAACUCUGCACAACGAUUUGAUGAUCGCCGCAGAGAAUUUGGAAUCGCUAUGUUCGUGGUCGCUGCUCUUUUGGCUCGCUAAUCUUGGGCUUCACACCGUCAGCGACAUAUACUUUAUAAUAGUAUGGACACUCAUGAACCCAUGGGAUAAAAUAUCGUGGUCAUUGGUGUACUGCUUGAGCGCCUGGUUGACAGCGUUCCUCUUCCAGCUUGUAUUACUUCACAUUGCCUGUCACUACGCUUGCUCUCAAGCUAAUAGCAUAAGUCCAAUUCUUAUCGAGUGGCAAGUGAGAUUGAUAAAAACAAAUAACGAAUGCGUGGAUUCGUCGAUGCAAUUCCUAAAUCGAAGACUUAACUUUUCCGCCGGUGGAUGCUUUUACGUGAACUUGCCAUUAUUAUGUUCUACUGCAGCCUUGUUGACUACAUAUCUGGUUAUACUAAUGCAACUGCAUUGAAUUGGCAUAAAAAAGAAAAAGACGCCGUAUUUUAGAACUAUAAAUUUCAAAAGUAUUUUCUUUUUAUUAAGUCGAUGUAUGCGAAAUGCUAGCAUUAAUGAUUUGUAAUUAUUAUC